AAGAAACUCGGAAAGAUGAAUGCGCCACCAACAUUUGAAUCGUUUCUUUUGUUUGAUGGAGAAAAAAAAAUAACAAUUGAGAAGGACACCAAAGUUCCAAAUGCUGCCAUAUUUACUGUCAACAAGGAGGAUCACACUUUGGGAAACAUGAUCACAGCACAGCUUAGAAAGGAUCCUCAGGUGCUGUUUGCCGGGUAUAAAAAUCCCCACCCCCUGGAGCAUAAGUUUGUCCUGAGGGUACAGACAACAGCUGACUACAGUCCCCAGGAAGCCAUUACCCACGCCAUCACCGAUCUCAUCUCAGAGUUCUCUCUCUUAGAGGAGAGAUUUAAGGAGGCAGUCCGUGAGAAACAAGAAGGUGAUUUGAUAUAGAGAAACACUCACAAUCUGGCUCCAUUAUAGAAAAACAAAGAACUUCUACGACAAUGUGUUCAGAAGCAGGCAAAGAAAUAUAUUCCUGAACAGAUUGAUGAAAAUUUACAAAAUCAGCAGGAUAUGGACUAUGGAGGAGAAGCAUGUGAAAUUCAGUACUGGAGUUAAAGAUUUUCAUUAUUAUGUGGGGUUCCCUCCGAGGUUGUGUUCUGUGUUAAAGAGAGACGAUUUGAAAGGAAGUAUGUUGUAUUUUUAAGUCUGAGAGUAUUAUAGUGUAUGUGAACAUUUUGAGUGACUGUUGUUUAGUGUGCCUGUUUUAUCAUUUUAAGUAAAAUAUCAUACUCCAUUGAUUAUGCCAUCACAUCUCAUUAAGUGAGACACUUCUUGUUUUGUCAUAUUUAGUGAAUGAUGAGAGAAAUCCAAGAAGAUUUUUUUUAACUGUAAGAAUGUUGUUAAAUAUCUGUAACUAAUUAUGGACAUUUAUUGUUUCUUUAUCAACCAAUUCAGUAUAUAUUUUAUGAAAGAGAAUAUGUCUUGUGGAAUGGAUGCAUUACAGAUAAAGCUUUAAAAAAAUUAAAAUUGAACUGUUCUGAUUUCAUUUGCUGGAAUUAAUGAAGAAACAAAAAUCCAUAAAAAUUAUUGUAGAACAGUGGUUUCCAUGAAUAAUUAUGAACAUGAAAAUAAAAAAGUUUUCUACAACUCAAAAA